AUUUUCUCUCUCCUUUUCCAAUCUCAUCAAAAUCUCCGCGAUGUGAAAAUUCCACUAUCACCUUCUUAAGCCUCUCCAAUUCCUCAUUGUUAAUUCUCCUUUGUUUCACUCGAUUAACAUAGUUUCUUAGACUUUGGGAUUUUAGGGUUCCACACGAUGAACCUGGGCAAUCUCAAUAAGGUUUGGGAAAUCAAAGCUCUGAAGAGGAAACCCGGGGAAGAAGAAGCCACUAAGAUGUUGGAGAAGAUCGCCAAACAGGUCCAGCCCAUUAUGCGCAAACACAAAUGGAGGGUCAAGCUUCUCUCUGAAUUUUGGUGAUUCAAAAUUUCCUUUCUAAAUUGUUUUCCGUACCAUUCACUUUCCUUUUGCGUUUACGCUAGUGGGUAAUGAAGGAAAAUAGAAGCAAUGGAGCUAGGAAGAGUAAAGUUUUCAUCUUGGAAUAAAAACCUCGGUUAUAAGUUCUAACCACUAAUGAUAUUUUGCCCAAACAAUCCGGCUCUUCUGGGGUUAAAUGUUGGGGCUGGUGUACAUGUGAAAUUGCGGCUUCGGAGACCAAACAGGGAUUUAGACUUUUUCCCAUUUGAUCAAGUUCUGGAUACGAUGCUUCAUGAGCUUUGCCAUAAUGCCCAUGGCCCUCAUAAUGCCAACUUCUACAAGCUCUGGGAUGAACUUAGAAAGGAAUGUGAAGAGCUGAUGGCCAAGGGAAUAACUGGCUCGGCAGAGGGGUUUGACCUUCCUGGAAGGCGUUUAGGUGGUUACUCUUGGAAACCUCCACUUUCAUCUCUCCGUAAAACUGCAGUGGCAGCUGCAGAAAAGAGAAAACGAUUAAGAUCCCUUCUUCCAUCUGGACCAAAACGACUAGGUGGUGAUAGUGUUAUAAUGGAAGCACUUAGUCCAGUACAAGCAGCUGCAAUGGCUGCAGAAAGGAGAUUACAGGAUGACAUAUGGUGUGGCUCUCAAUCUUGCAAAGAUUUGGAUCUCGAAGAUGUCAACCACGAAUUUACUGAGAAUCUUGUAGAUAAGGAAAAAAAUGUAGGAAGCUCAAGAUUAACAGACAAUUCUACUCGACCUUCAAAUCUGCUAUCUCGAAAAAGAGGUCGUGAUAUGGAUUCAAGUUUAUUUGUUAACUCAUCUGGUACUCCUAAAAUUAUGGAUUUGACUCCGGAUACACCAAAAAUUGGAUCUGCCAUUGAACAUCAGACUGGAUCCCAACAGAGAUGUAGUGGAUUGAAAAGCAUUUCAAAUUCUCAACCCAAUAUGCAGGCAGGAUCUAGUUCAGCAAAACUAUCAAGGCUGUCUGUGCCACCAUCUGAUGAUAAUAGAACACUCCAUUCUGAAGAACCUGCAAUGUGGGAGUGUACAAUGUGCACUUUGUUAAAUAAAGGUUUGGCUCCCAUUUGUGAGUUGUGUGGCACACAACAGCCAAAAGAUGUUACUACCAAAUACAACACUUGGUCUUGUAAAUUCUGUACUUUGGAAAACAAUGUGAAGUUGGAGAAAUGCUCAGCCUGUGACCAGUGGAGAUUUUCUCAUGGCCCACCAGUGUCAACCCGAGCCCCCAACCUUGGUACUUAGCAGCAAUGUGUAAUUUUCUUGAUGGAUCAAUUUUAUUAUUUUUUGGCCUUAGUCCUCACAAAAUUGAAAAACCUUCACCUUUUUAUUUAUUACUGCCCUUGUAUCUACUAUACUCCCGUGAAGGAGUUCAAAAAUUAGCACGAGUACCUAAGUUGUUCCAUACUCGUAUAUAAUAUCAUAUUU